AUGAACGACUGUACCUCUCACCAGCCGGCCGCUUGUGCAGAAGGCUUUGGGGUUAGCGAUCCUUCCAGCUACCAAGGCGCGCCAGUCCACAGUGCUGUACCGGCUACAGAGGAAGAAUGGAAAGCCCUCUUAAAGAACAACACCUCUUGUUUGAAGGGGAUUAUCGUCUCGCGACAGGGGGGUGUUCCAGAGAUGGCUCAGUAUACGGCUUUCGAAUUCAAUUACGGCGCCAAGGGACCCCAACACGUCCAGGACGAGAAGACCGAGAUCCAAACUAUAAGGAUUGAGAGCGAGAGCGAAUGUCAGAGUAUUCAUAUGGGCAUCUCUCAACAAGAGCUGGAGGUUUUUAUGAAGACCAUUGCUGCAGACGGUAGGCUGGACUUUCGGGCUCGACACGCAUCUUUCAAUCAACAUAAGCAGUCAUCCAAGACGCAGAAGCUAGAAAUCUCACACCGGCUUACGUCUCUCAAGGGAUCUGACGACAAGAGACAAGCUCUAGCAUUUUUAGAAGACUUCGGCGAGGGAUUUGCAAUGCAGGCCACUAUUGGUGGCCGUCUUUUCCACAGUGAAAACGUCAGCAUGUUAAAAGGCAACACUCUAGAACAGAGAGAAAACAGUUUAAAAAUUGCGGCCAAGGCAUCGUUGUCCUCCAAAGAUUCAUUGUCUAAGGGGGCUUCAAUUACCUCGGGGACACAAACACUUCACACAGACCGCUCCCAGAUUAGAUCCGUAUCUGAAGGCAUGUUUUGGUGCGGUGUUGGGGGUGACCCAUGUCUAUACGAGGAGUAA